AUGGAUUACACCACGGCAGACGGUACCAGGAGAUCAGAGAGGGGAUCUCUGGUAGACACUCCGGACGGUGAUCAGGUACUCGUCCUCAGGGGGUCCUACUCCUUCACCAGUCCUGAAGGUCUCGAGGUCAACGUGAACUAUAUCGCUGAUCAGAAUGGAUACAGGGUGUUCCAAUAGCCUUCCAGUCCAUCCAACAAGUAGUGUUUCCGUCCAUCAGCAUUCAUGGGGUUUUCUGACAUUCCUGUACAUAAUAUUUCUAUUUUUAUGUAAAUAUAUUUUUAUACACUUUUA